AUGGCUUGGCGAAGUCAUGGGGUAAAUAAUGCUGAUAUGAUACGGAAUUUACGAGCCAAUGGCAUCAUAAAAUCAGAUGCAGUAGCAAAUGCUAUGCUAUCAGUUGACCGGAAGAAUUACUGUCCAUAUUCGCCAUACCAUGAUUCACCACAAACUAUUGGAUACUCAGCUACAAUUAGUGCUCCACAUAUGCAUGCUCAUGCACUAGAAAGGCUUAAGAAUCAAUUGAUCCCAGGUGAAAAAGCAUUGGAUGUAGGAUCUGGGUCUGGAUACCUAACAGCCUGUAUGGCUAUAAUGGUUGGAGAAACAGGCAGAGUUGUGGGCAUAGAGCACAUAUCUGAAUUAGUUACAUUAGCUACUAAAAAUAUCCACGCCGAUAACCCCACACUACUUACUUCUGAAAGAAUUAAGUUGAUUGCUGGUGAUGGACGUCUAGGAUAUCCUUCAGAAGGACCCUACAAUGCUAUCCAUGUAGGAGCUGCAGCUCCUACAUUGCCACAAGCAUUAGUUGAUCAGUUAAAACCUGGUGGAAGGCUUAUUGUACCUGUGGGACCAGAAGGAGGAGAACAGCAUUUAACCCAGGUUGACAAGGCAGCUGAUGGUACAACCACUGUUAAGAAACUAAUGAGUGUGAUCUAUGUACCCCUGACUGAUAAAGAUCGUCAAUAUCGUAAGUGAUGU